CUUGAAUUCUUCCAGUAUUAAAUUAGUCGUUAGUCGUGAGAUACUGAGUGGUGGAUAACUGGUCCACUUUAAUCAGUAUUUUUAAAAUGUUGUCGCAGUGGGCCUUACUUCUAUUUUUAACAUAUAACUUUGCUAUAGCCAAAUUAUUGAAAAAUGAUGGUAAAUUCCCGACAGAUUUUCCUUUUGGUGCCUCAACAUCCGCUUAUCAAACUGAAGGUGCAUGGAAUGAAGACGGAAAAGGUGAAAGUAUUUGGGACCAUCAUGUUCAUUCCAAUGCCUCACUUAUACCAAACGGUCUAAGUGGAGAUAUUGCAUGUGACUCAUACCACAGAUAUAAAGAAGAUAUUCAACGUGCAGCAAAACUGGGUUUGAAAAUGUACCGGUUCUCCAUUUCCUGGACCAGAAUUUUACCAACUGGGUACGACAAUGUUGUCAACGAAAAGGGAAUUUUACAUUAUAAACAAGUAGUUCAUGAAAUAUUGAAACACGACAUGAUACCGAUAGUAACUUUAUAUCACUGGGAUCUGCCGCAACGUCUUUAUGAAGAUGGUAUUCAUUGGACUAACCCCGAAUUAGCAUUCCAUUUUACAAAUUACGCUAGAAUUGUUAUCAAACAUCUUCCAGAUGUUGGAUAUUGGUUGACAAUCAAUGAACCGAAGCAAAUAUGUCGAUUGGGAUACGGCCUUGGAAUUCUUGCUCCCACAAUAAAGGGUAACGGAGAAUUGGAGUAUCAGUGCGCUUAUGUUAGUGCCUUGGUUCACGCCACAGUUUAUCACAUGUACAAAGCAGAAUUCCCUCAUUACACAGCUAAAAUGUCGAUAUCAGGAGAUUGUCAAUGGAUCAUACCUGCCACAGAUUCUGUACAAGAUCUUCAAGCAGCCGAAAGACAAAGACAAUUUGAGUGCGGACUGUAUUAUAAUCCUAUUUUCAAUGGAGACUGGCCCGAAGUAGUCAAAAGGAGAAUAAUGAAAAGGAGUAAAGCUGCUGGUUUAUCGAAAUCUAGACUACCAGAGUUCACGCCAGAAGAAAUAGAAUAUACGAGGGGGACUACCGACUUUUUAGGAGUAAAUCAUUACUAUACAACAAUCGUUAGCAAUAUAGAAGAACUUCAUCACCUUGAUCCAAAUCUUUAUGUUUCCGAUCUAAGAACAAAUGUGUCAUUUGAUACAAUUAUGCCAAUUGGCGUAUAUAAUAUGUUAAUGUGGAUGAAUGAAGAAUAUUCACCAAAGGAAUUUUUAAUAACUGAAUUGGGAGUAUCUGACAGUAUUACUGAUUUAAAUGAUGUCGUCAGAGAAGACUAUUACGCGGUAAGUUGUGAACAAACAAUAACAUUUUUCUUAUUAACUUACCAUUUGUUAUUUAUGAUAUACGAUCCAGGCACGUUGCACGUGAUGUGUCUUUCUAAUGUGCUUAACAUAACCAAACUAUAUAAAAAAUCUCAUUUUUUUUCUAAAGUUCUCUCGAAAUUUGUUUCAAGCGAGGUUCCCAUCCUCUUCUUCUUCUUCUCUAUAACUCUUUAUGCCCUUUCGAGUGUUAGAACUUUGGGAUUUCAGUUGUAUUUCUCCUUUCAUUCACUUUUUCUAUUCCUUCCGAUCAUUUGCUAGUUUAUUCAUCUGCUGUAUCAUUUUCCGUUGUCUUCCCCCUUCUUGUGCUACUUAUUGUAGCCAAGUUUUCAUAGGUGUACCUAUUUUGUUUGCGCCUCUCUAAAAUUACCUCAAUUUUUAUCCUAUCCAUCUUCGUUUUUCCUGCCAUUUCCCUCAGUUGCUUAAUCUUCGCUGCUACUAUUCUACUUUUUAUUCAUUACUCAAGUUUCACUUCCUAUUUUAAGGUGGGUAUAGUUAUCGAGUUGAAUGCUUUUGUUUUUAUGUCUUCUCCUAUUUCUUUUUACCCGAAAAUUGUCUUAUUAAGAUCAUAGUAUAUUUGAUUUUCUUUUCUCUAUUUGUUCGCUUCUCUUCCUGUGCGCUAUCUCUAUUUCUAUUUUCCUGUCUUUUGUGAAAAUGACUCUCAGAUUAUUUGAGGUCACUUCAUCUAUUCUUUGCCAUUCAUUAUUAAAUGUUUCUCAUUCUCUUCCUUAAUUAACUAGCAUCCUUUUGAUGCUUACUUCUAUUCUCAGGUCUUCUAUUGUCCUUUUCCUAUUUCCAUUAUCCCUAUCGCUUUUUCUGCUUCCUCAUUCGUGAUUUACUCUCUUGUCCUUCUAUCACCAUAUAAUUUCUCUUCAUUCUUCUUUUGUUAAGUUUCUACCUAUGCGGCUGAAUUCUUUCCAUGUCUCUAAUAUGUCUUACAUCUUCACUUUCAUAUCUUCCCUUUGUUCUGAUUUACUUCCAUAAGCUUCUGUUAUUAUAUUUAUAGUUAUUUGCUAAUUUGUUGCUUCUCCAAAUUUUUUUCCAUCUAUUCUUUUUUCUUUAAUUUCUUUCUUGACUUUGUUCCUUAUGGUUUUGUCCUUAUGUUCCUCGCUUCUAUUAUUAAUAUUAUUCUUUCUUGUUGUCUUUUUCUGCUCAAAGGUUUUACUUGUUUCUUCUGUCCAUCAUUGGGUUUUGUGGUCCUUUCUUUUUAUCUUCCUCCCGCAAAUUUUCUCUGCUUCUUCAUACGUUAUUUCUUUGAAUAACUUCCAUGCUUCUUCUAUCGUUACUUCUUGUUCUAUUUUAAGAUAUUUCCUCCUAUUUUCUUUUGUUCUCCACUUAUGUAUAGUAAUUCCCUCAUAUCUUUCCUUCUUUCUUCUCCUUUUAUAUUCAGUACUAUGUUUGCUAUUCUGUGGUUCGUGCCUAUGUUUUAAUGCCACUUUUUCUUGUUUUAUCUGUUCAUUUUUUUCUCUACGUUCAUUUAUUUCUUUGCCUUAUUUUUUUGUUCUUCUGUCAAUUCUUUUUCUGUUAUUGAUAAGUUUUGUACCAUUCCAAAUACUUUUCUCCUCAUUUCCUGACUUCUUGACAAUUUUUUACUUUUACCAAAAAUUGCAUCUUCAGAAGCUGCCCAGAAUUUUAAA